ACGGAUCCAGGCAGCGUAUCCACCAGACCCUUCUUUUCAAUCCAUUCAACUUCUGACUUCGGUUCCUACCAGGUGUUACUCAUAAUACUAAAGUACCUAGAACGUACUACAUACUUCUAUACAUUCUACACACAAUGUCAUCUCCACCAUACACCACCGAUCAACUCAACUUAUACCUCGAGCGCAUCCAAUACCCCGAACCCGCCAACGCCACCCGCCUCCAACAUGCGCAGGAGUCCAUCGCCACAAACGCCCUGGCGGCCCUGACCGAGCUGCAACGCCGUCACCUCGGCGCCAUCCCUUGGGGCAAUUCGGCGCUACAUUAUUCCCAGCACAAGGCCAUCUCCAUCCACCCGACGGCCGUCUUCGAUAAGCUGGUCCGUCGCCGUCUGGAUGGCUACUGUAUGGAAAACACGAAUCUGUUCUACGGCGUGCUGCGCUCCUUGGGCUACACGGUGUAUCCGACCGGUGGGAGGGUCUGUGAGGCUGCGGCCGGGGCGGUUCGGAAUCCGGGGAAGGAGAAGUUUUUUGCGCUGGGACACAUGAUUCUGAUUGUGACGAUUGAUGGGAAGAAGUACAUGACGGACGUCGGCUUCGGCAACAACGGACCGACCAGUCCCUUGCUUCUCGAGGAAGACGUCGUUUCCACCUGCAUCGCGCCCUCGGAAUCGCGUCUGAUCCGCGACAGUCUACCCGAGUCCGUAGACAAGACGCAGAAGGUCUGGAUCUACCAGAUCCGAUACACGCCGGACAGCGAGUGGCUGCCGCACUACGCGUUCUCGGAAGUCGAAUUUCUGCCGCAGGACUUCGGCGUCAUGAACUAUGCCACCAGCACGGGGCGCAACAGUUGGUUUACGCAGAGUCUCGUCUGCGCGCGCGUCAUCCUGGACGAGGAGACGGGCACCCAGCCGCAGGGGCUGUUUGUUCUGGUCGGGCAGGAGGUUAAGAAGAGAUUGCAGGGGCAGACAGAGGUGGUGGCUACGUUCGAGACCGAGGAUGAUCGCGUCGCCGGGUUGGGGAAGUGGUUUGGUUUGCACUUCCGGGAUGACGAGGUCGAGGGGAUCCAGGGAUUGGUGUCCCAGAUUAAAUAGACAGAUGAGUUAAGAUCUAUCCAGGUCCGGGUCUUGGAUGAGCAAGUGUUGUACAGAUAGAAUUUCUUCUAGAGCUUGUGGAUAUGUAUUUCAGGAAAUCAAGGAAAAUUGCGGCUAAACAGAAUGACAACGUGGACAAGGACAUAACGCCGAACUUCGACCCAUGUCGAUCCGGCCUAGUAGAUCCGUUUUUCGAGCUGGAAUACGGACGUUAGCAUGUUGGUUCACUUCCUCCGGCAAGUUGCUGAAGACGAUAAAACCAUACCUUCCAGGGAUUGCUGAGCUCGAAUCCCUUGGGGGCCACCUCGUUGCUUGAUUGACCUCGCAUGGUUCCCGUCAGUCUCAGAUCUCUCUCCAUCACUGUGGGUUCGGACACGAGCGGUUAGCUUCCAUAUGACUUCUGGUGUUCGCAUGAACGUGACAGGCGAUUCUGGCGAGGGGAGGGUUCAAUUGGUAGGUCGACGCCGGGAAGGUCACAUACUUUGCUGCGUGGAGGUUAGCCAUACUGGUCCGAUUUGUAGCAAACGACAAUCAACUUACUCUAUCCCACAGAUCCCGGUUCCAACGAGCGGUCUUUCCUUCGUUCGACCAGUACUUGACGGCGGUGAGACCGGCACCGGUGACGCCCAUAAACUAUCGUGCGCAUCUCGAUCGUUAGUGAAUUGGUAACCUCCGGCGAAUGAUUGGACCGUCGAGGAUCCACGGGAGGGGAGGGAUUGAAGGUGGGAGUCAACGCACGCCGAUGAUGAUCCCAUAAGGGAGCAAAGCCUCGAAUGGAACGCCCAUUGUGUGUUCUCGUGAAGGAGUGGGGGAAAGAGGAGCGGAAGAAAGGCAAGCGCAAUGAGCGUGGAGACAGAAGAGAGAGAGAGAGAGAGAGUUCAAACGAGAGACUCGCGGGAAUCGAGGUCCGGAUGUGGCCCGA